AUGUAUUGGAAAAAGCUGAAAGCGUUGGGUGCUGGUUCUUAUGGAACUGUGUUUCUUGCCGCACCAAAAGAUGGUUCGUCUACUUUUGUGGCAGUGAAAUCUGCAGAAGUGAAGGAUUCGUCUUCGCUUUCAAUGGAAGGAAGAAUACUGGAUGCGCUGAAAGGGUCGCCAUACGUAGUUCAGUGCUUUGGAGAAGAUGUAAGUGUCGAAAACGGUAAACAUACUUAUAACCUCUUGCUCGAAUAUGCCGUUGGUGGCACUUUGCACGAUUUGAUUAAUAUCUACUCUAAAGCUAACACGAUGGUUGAAGAAUCAGAGGUUGCAUACUAUGCUUUUCAGCUUUUGACUGGGAUUUCUCAUGUUCAUCGUAAGGGUUUCAUUCACUGCGAUCUGAAACCGAGUAAUAUACUUGUUUUUCCUACUGUUGAUGACGAAUAUGAUAGUAUUGUGGAUGUGCGCCUGAAGUUGGCUGAUUUUGGGGUGUCUUUGAGAACGGUAAAAAACGAAACACAUACCUACUGGGAUAGAGGCUCCAACAAGUGUUGUCAUCAUAGAGGGUCUCUGCUUUAUGCUUCCCCAGAAUCUGUAGCUCAUGGGAUUCAUGGUAAAGCCGUUGAUAUUUGGGCGCUUGGUUGCAUUGUUGUAGAGAUGAUCACAGGGAGACGGUUAUGGUCGUGCCAUAAAAAUAGUGACGAUUUGGACUUCAAGAUUACACAUGAAGAACCUGUGAUUCCGAGUAACGUUUCUAAUAUAUGCAGGGAGUUCCUGGUCAAGUGUUUUGAAAAAGAUCAUAAUUGGAGAUAG